CUGAGCUAGCUAGCUAGGUUUUAAAAUGUCUCUCAACUGAAGAAUGAAAAGAAAGCAGUUAGGAACUAAUAGCUAAGCCCUCAAUGAAUUUACAAAGGAGAAGUGUGUGUUUGUGUCUUGAGAAAGACCUGAACAAAUCACCUUGAAGAUGAGUAAGAAACCCCCUAAUCGGCCAGGAAUCACUUUUGAGGUUGGAGCAAGAGUGGAAGCUCAAGACUAUUUACAAAAAUGGUAUCCCUCACGGAUUGAGAAGAUUGACUAUGAUGAAGGGAAGAUGCUUGUCCAUUUUGACAGAUGGAGCCAUCGAUAUGACGAGUGGAUAUUGUGGGAUAGCAAUAGACUCCGUCCUCUAGAGAGACCAGCACUUCGUAAAGAGGGACUCGAAGAAGAGGAGACACUCUGUGAGAUGAGAGCAUCUCGCCUGCGUGAGCUUCCUGGAUGUACAGAGAGCACAGAGGACCAAACAGACUUGCCUCAGCAGCAACAUGAACUGAAGGAUGGUGAAGAAGUUCUUGCCCGGUGGACAGAUUGCCGCUACUACCCCGCCAAGAUAGAAAGUGUCAACAGAGAAGGAACCUAUACUGUCCAAUUUUAUGAUGGUGUCGUUCGUUGUGUGAAAAGAAUCCAUAUUAAAUCCAUGCCAGAGGAUGCCAAAGGACAACAGGACUGGAUUGCCCUUGUGAAGGCAGCCACAGCUGCUGCCAAGAGUAAAGGAGGGUGUAGGCCUCGCACCAGUGCCAACAGCAACAAGGACAGAGAGGAGAGAGCAGAGCAAAGGGGCAGUGAACCUGAAGAGGAGGAUAAUGACGCUGACUCGGAUAGACUCGUCUCUUCUGAUGAGGAAGACUGUAAGCCAUCUCCCGACGAACUUGAGAUUCCUAAAACGAAAAGAAGAAGAAGCAGACAAGGUAGUUUCUGCAGUGUGAAAAGAGCUCGUCUCACUAAAGUGGCAGGAUGUCUCAAAAAUGAGAGUGACUGCAAAGAAGAUCUUCCUAUGGCUUCACAACAAGUACAGACUUCCUCACAGAGAGGUCCAGCAGCUGAAACAAGCCCAGGUGAGGAGGGCGCAGCAUCCGCUGUUGUUCAGAGGCAGCAUACAUCUCUGUCUAACACCUCCCUGGGCAGUUCUCGCUCCAGGAGAUUAAAGCAUGAUUCAGGAGAGUCCUCCGUAAGCAGUCUGAGCACAAGUACAACAGCAGAGGCCAACCCAUCCCCCAGUUCUGUCCACACCCUCCCUGAUGCGCACACAGCCCCUUCAAACUCUCCUCAGAGACGGAGAAGGUCUCAGCGCCUAGCAACUACAUUUGACCUAAACUGCCCUCCCUCACCACACAGCCGAGAUUCUAACCCUAACCCAGCCCAGGCAGACAGCAGCCACAAAGCAGAUGAUGAAAGUAGCUGCGUGGAGGCUGACCUCCCCUUAAACAAGCCAGUCACAGGAGCUUCUCCUAUACAUACCUCAGUUCCUGCACCUGGAACUGCUCAGACUCCAGUGAUUGAGAAGGACAAACUGACGGACACGUUACUAAUCAAUCACGUGGCAGUGGCAGAAAAUCCAUCACCUAUUGUAACUGGUCCAAGUCUAAAGACUGUCUCCAGGACCCCUAAAGCCAACAAGCAUGCCAGGGAGCCCAUUAUAAAUACCAAGAGAUCUGAUGACCCCACAUCUCCCAAUGAACCUCUGGUUGAUCUGGACCACAAUAAGUUCAAGUGUCAAAUCCCUGGCUGUGCUAAAGCCUUCCGGAAAGCCAAGCUGCUUGAUUACCAUCUGAAGUAUUACCAUAAUAAUGAUAAGGAACUAGAGAGUGAAGCGUGUUCACCUGAAAGAGGCAGUCGCUCCAGGGCCACAUCUGCUUCAGUACCCACCAGCACCCCAGCGGAGAUACCAGACACUAAGAGACGCAGGACAGUCUCUACUUCCUCUUGUAUGUGCUCUCAGGCUCUGUCUCCACAAGGCCACAUGCUACAGCUGGACUCCUGCCACAAGACUUCAAAGUUCUGUAAGAAGAAGCGUUCUUCUGCUUCCGUUAGCUCGGAUAGCACUGAAGUCUCGCUGCCUGCUCCACCUAGGGAGAAGACCUUUGAGAACCUCCACGACAAAAUCCUCAAGAAGGUCAUCGAGAAGGACAAACACCUGGAUACAGGACUGUGUAUAAAGACUGAGAGGAAAUUAAAAAUGGAAGAUAAAGGCCAGCUCAUUGGGAAAAAGAGAGAUAAAGAACGCAAAGACAGAAAAGAGAAGGAUACUUUCAAAAUCAAACAGAAGAAAAAGAAGAAGAAGAAGAAGAAAUCCAAACAGCACUGUUACUCUGACAUGGAAGAGGUGUCUCUGUCCUAUUUGGAGAGAUCACCAUAUCCUCUUCAUCGCUCUUCCUCCAGCUCCUUCUCUAAACAAUCAGCCUUCCAAUACCCUCGUGCCAUACUGUCAGUGGACCUCACUGGGGAGAACCUAUCAGACAUAGACUUCUUGGAGGACUCUACCACAGAGUCUCUGCUGUUCAGUGGUGAUGAAUACAACCAGGAUCUAGACUCACUCACCAUGGAGGACUUCCAGGAUGAAGAAGAAGACUCUGCUAAUGAGAUUGUCCGCUGCGUUUGUGAGAUGGAUGAAGAGAAUGGCUUCAUGAUUCAGUGUGAGGAGUGUAUGUGCUGGCAGCACAGUGUGUGUAUGGGUCUGCUCGAGGACAGCAUUCCUGAACAGUAUAUCUGUUACAUCUGCAGAGACCCACCAGGGCAGAGAUGGAGUGCCAAAUAUCGUCACGAUAAGGACUGGCUAUAUAAGGGCCAUAUGUAUGGUUUAUCGUUCCUCACGGAGAACUACUCACAUCAGAAUGCCAAGAAGAUUGUCUCUACUCAUCAGCUCUUGGCUGAUGUUUAUAGUGUUAAAAAAGUGCUUCAUGGCCUACAGCUCAAGAUGGACAUCUUACAGAACAAACACAAUCCCAGUUUGCACUUGUGGGCUCGUUCCUGGGUGAACUCAGACGAAGACCAGCCUAUGGGUGGAGUUCCAGACUACGUCCUGUUUCAGGAGCACCUCAAUCAGAACUCCAACCCUGACACCUACAUCACCAGUGAGCACAGCUACCAGAAGCCUUCUGGCACAGGCCACCAACAUACACUUGAGCAGGGGUCCCAGACUGCCUCUCACACACAUGAACAGGGGUCCCAGACUGCUUCUCACACAUUGCCGUUUGCUUCAAAGGAAGAGGUGAGCAGUGCGAUCUCACUGUCUGGGUGUGAGAGUGAAAGCAGCUCGGGGCAAGUAGAGCAGGCCAGAAACUGCCUUCAGUGGCAGAUGAACCUGCUCACACACAUAGAGGAUGUUCAGAACCAGUUGGCUGGCCGCAUGGACCUCAUUGAGAAAGAGCUGGAUGUGCUGGAGAGCUGGUUGGAUUUCACCGGAGAGUUGGAGCCGCCAGAACCUCUGGCCAGACUGCCUCAGCUCAAGUGCCGAAUCAAGCAGCUGCUUACAGACUUGGGGAAGGUGCAGCAGAUGAGUACGCUGUGUUCUGUGUAAGCACACGUGCAGAGAAGAGGCAGGCACGCAAGGCCGUGGAUAUGUGCUUUUCAGCAGCACAGUCGCAGAACCUAACUCGCUGUGUACUGCUGAGGCGACAGUCUGGGGACGGCCCUGGACGAUGUGUGUUUGUCCGCUUAGCAGCAGUAGCAGUGUCAGAGGUGAAAGAGCUGUGCUCUAUAAACCUCUUAAACCUGGGCACUUUCAGAUGCGUUCACUUAGUCUCCAUGAAGCAUGUAGUAGAGGAUAUUCACAUUAACUAGCUGUCCAUUUGAACACAAUGAGUCCAUUUGCAGUUAGAGUCUGAGAUGGAGAAAAAAAA